GCUGCAAAUAAAAUAAAGCUAAAAUACUACCGUUAUUUGUAUCCGGCAGCCUAAUAAAUCCCUUCUCUCUUUGCCCGCUAACGCAUUUCCUCUUCACAGAAGGCAAACAUGGCCGGCCCUGCAUCAAAACUCGCCGUUAUCUCUCCCUUCCUUAUCGUCCUCCUCCUUUCUCCGCUGUCAAACGGCCAGCUGGAAGUUGAGGAUGAGAAGGAGUUCAGCUACGAGGUGGGGAGCGAGAACGGGCCGGAUAACUGGGGGCAAAUCCAUGAAGACUGGGCGGCUUGCGGGGUCGGAAAGCUUCAGUCGCCCAUUGAUCUUAAAGACGAGCGGGUCGAGGUGGUGGAUGGGCUCGGCCUUCUCCGGCGAACUUACCGGCCAGCUCCUGCCGUUAUGAAGAACAGAGGGCAUGAUAUCAUGUUGAAAUGGGAGGGGGAUGCAGGAGGUUUGUGGAUUAAUGGCACCGAGUAUAAGCUUAAGCAACUCCAUUGGCAUUCUUCUUCGGAGCACACCAUCAAUGAACACAGGUAUCAUUUGGAGCUGCACAUGGUCCACGAGAGCGCUUAUAAAAAGAUCGCUGUGGUGGGCAUCUUGUACCAACUGGGACGUCCUGAUCGGUUCCUGGCAAAGGUGGCUAGUUAUAUUAAAAAACUGACGGAUUUGGAGGAAGGAGCGGAAGAGAAGUUGGGUUGGGUGAAUCCGUGGAGAGUGAGGUGGGGUAGCAAAAAGUAUUACAGGUACAUGGGCUCGCUUACAACUCCACCUUGCACCGAAGGCGUUACAUGGACGAUCAUAAAAAAGAUUCGAACUGUUUCAAGAGAACAGGUGAGGCUACUACGAGAGGCUGUCCAUGAUGAAUUCGAAGACAAUGCUAGACCUACACAACCAAUAAACGAAAGGGACGUUUUUAUGUACCGUCCAAAGUAUAAUUGGCAUUAAUUAUUUCGAUUUAUGCCUGUUCUUGUUUUAAACUAUGAUAUAUAAACAGUUUUAUUUGUAUUUAUAACAUAAUUUUAUGUCAAUUUACAUUUCUGCA